AUCAAACGGUUACACUGAGUACACAGUGUCUCCACUGUAUUUUAACCCGUGUCUUCCUGGAGGCAACGAUUGAUGAACACGUGCUACUGGAAGCGUUAAAGACAGGUUAUUGUUACCCUGUAGACCUACUCUAUGCCCCUAGCUGUAUCUUUGGUCGCAGCUUACCUUAGCACAAUCCUCCGUUUAUCUAUUCCAUUGUCAAUGGUAAAUGCUGUUUAGUUCAAAAUGUUGUCUGUGGGGUCACCUAUACCAUAAAACGACAUGCAAUUAGAACCAAUUUAGGACCGUUUGACUCAUGUUCAUCAACACAUUUGCGCUCUUCCUAGUUGAGAGUUAUUGAAUAUGAAUUUAACAGGUGAAGGCCAAGCGUUGUAUUCACAGAAGUUACUGAGUAAAAUUGAGAGCACAGUUUAUACUGGCAUCUGGUGGAAAGAUAAGGGAAUUACAUACUCAAAGUUUACAUUGUAACAACAUUCUAGGCUAUGCAUAAUACGUUUUUCAUAUAUCAUUGCAAAUAUAAUGAAGUGAAUCAUUAAUGAAUAAUCUACGCCCACUAGCCUACAUGCAACGAACGUCGCCGUGUGUGCCAAGUGCGUAAUUGUUGCGCCAAAACCAGGUGAGCACAAUUAUCUAGCGCCUACAAGAUUCAUCUUUGAAUGGUCACUCUAGUUUGCUUACAACAGUGUGUCCACGAGGCGCUCUGGACAACGGAGUUUUAUUUAUUUUUUCUGCGGCUUUGGUCACGUUGGACAUGGCACAAGUUGCGUGGAUGUUUUGUCAAUUUGUAUGGAUUUUUUCUGCCUUUCUAUUCACACAACUAUCAGCGGAAGCUGAUUUUAACGUUGACAGAUGGGGUGGUCAAGAGCAUCAAGAUUACCAAUUUGCGGAGCGGCACCUCCCGGGCAAUGUACCCGUGCGUGAGGUGAUCAGGCCUCGGAUAGGGGAAGACGAUGCCAUCGGUGCCCCUCGGUCAGAACCACCAUACUACUUCCUUCCCAUGUUCCAGCACUCUGCGGUUCCCGUCGUCGAUAGGGACUUGUUCAGACCAGUCGCCGGCAAAAUACGUUUCCCCAGUAUCUUGACCAACCUCUUGCUUCCGCCACAAAAUAGUCCAGAGCGCAACCACUUCUCUCCCGUGCGUAAUCCGCGGGGAGUGGAGGUGUGGUGCGGGUACAACCAGAUCUCCGUGCGCAUCAACAGAGGUCAGCUCGGGUUUAGGUGUCUGGCCUCCAUGCUCUUCCUGGGCACUUGCCCCGUCACCCGGGUCACCCCACUUUUCUUUUACUUCCAUUAUGACCUGAAUGACUGUGGCAGUACUCAAACGACCAUGAAUGGCCAGCUGGUGUACUCCAGCUCACUUCGCUUUUCUCCAGAACCACAAGGGCCAGUGAUAAGAGCCAUACCUCUCAACCUCCCCAUUCAGUGCAUUUAUAACCGAUUCCACUACUCCUACAAAGUUGGCUAUGUACCUAAGGUGCAUGACCGCACUCUCUUAAAGAGUAUGAAUGGCAAACACAUCUUUAGGCUCACUGCAUGCAAUGAGCGAUGGGAACAAUUGUCGUCAGAAGAGAGCUAUAUGCUUGGGGAGCCAAUGUACUUCAAAGCCUACGCAGCUUUUGUCCCCAAAGAUGAGAGUGUGUUUGUUGAUUCCUGCUUUGUUACGACAUCCAAGGACCCAAAUACCACACCUCGCCAUGAAGUCAUUCACAACUUUGGAUGUAUGGUGGACAGCAAGCGGAAAGGCAGUCAGUCCCAGUUCUUCUCCAGAGAGUCAAAUGUCCUGCGCUUCACUGUGGAUGCUUUCCUGUUCCCCCAAAUCACUGCCAAGCGUCUCUACCUGCACUGUAUUAUGACUGUCAUGAAAUCCACUUCAAAGCGCAGCGCCAAAUCCUGCACGUUCAAUAGCACAGUGGGAAGGUGGGAGGAGCUGUAUGGCCCUCCCUCUGUGUGCUCCUGCUGUGAUUCUGUCUGUGACGUGUCAGACUUUUGGCCAGCCUUGAAGUAUCCUUCAGUGAAAAGCCUGAUCACCAGUGAACCCUGGAGAGUGUUGGAGGACAGGGAGAAGAGUUUGCCCAUUCAGGCUGAGGAGAGACCACCAGACAGUGAGGAAAGGGUGGAGGAGACCUUGGCAGUCACUUAUAAAGAGGAGGAGAAGGUGAAGUUUAAAAGUUUGGCAGUCACUCCUUGUGAGGAGGAGAAAAACAUGUCAGUCGCUGUUAUGAAUAAGGUAGAGGGGGUGCAGGAAGGGAUAGUUAUAGCAGUGAGAGAGGAGGGGGUGGUAGCCAGAAAAGAAGGGGGUGUGGAGGAGCCGAUUGGUGACAAACGGGCUGAGGUGAUUGAGGUGGAGGCUGAAGAGAAUGGCACAGACAAAGUGACAGCAAGUGUAACUUUGGAACAUGUACCUGAGGAGAUACCUGAGGAGAAUACUGUGAUGGUUAAGGAGGUAGCUCAGUGGAACAUGUCAAGUGAGUUGAGUGUUGCCACCACGAAUGCUAAGGUGUCAAAGAAAGUUAAGGAGCAGGUUGCCUGGAUAGAAGGGUCAAAGGUUGAGAGAGUGGCGGUUGGACAGAUGCCUUUGGUGGACGAAGCGGCAGCGUUUCUGCAGGGGUACAUGGAGCCUGCCGAGUGGAGAGAAGAUUACCAAGGACCAGCCCCAGAGGAGAAGCUGGGGAGGUUUUGGAAACCAUCCACAAAGGACAAGCUUGUUGUGCUGGAAACUUCUGUCCCUAUUGGAACAUUGACAUAAAUUAACUUAAAUUCAAUAUUUGAUGAGAAUUACACCUAAGUGUCCUUGUAUGAUUGAAUAUUAAAUUACCCUUGUUAUAAGCAAUGAACAAAGCUCUUAACGUUUUCAUGGUAGCUGGACAUUUGAGGGAUGAUUUAUUUUUGUGUGGGUGUACAGUGGCUUGUGAAAGUAUUCACCCCCUUGGCAUUUUUU